GAGAAAAAAAGUGUGUUUUGGAAAAGAAUUAAAAAAAAGUAAGAAUUAAAACCUGAUAAAAAUUAAAUGAUAAAUUAUUUAUUUUCAUUUUCUUUAAAGAUAUUUUUCUUUUAAAAAUUGAUUUUAUUUUUCCGUGUUUAUUUUGAAAAAAAAAAAUGCCAAUUUUUUGUUGUUGCUGUAUGAUUUUUUAUUAAUGUGACACAUUGUUUGUUGUUUGGAUUUCUUCUUUAUUGACAUUUACUGUUUUCGUUUUGUGCUGUAUGUGAUAACUACAGCGUGUAACAAAAUCUCAUAAAAAAUAUUCAACAAAUCGAAUAUUUCAUUUUCGUGCUUAAAUCCCGUAACAGACAUGUCUUAUUUAACGCUUAAUCGUCUGCACAUCAUUAUUCUAGUCUAUAUAUUCAUAUUUGUACCGGAAAUAUGGUCAAGAUCUUCAGCUCUUGAAAAACAUUACGUACGUGGUGGUUUACAUGCGCCCUGUUUUUUCUUUCACACCGUUAAUGUUACCGAUGAUCAGAGAUUUGAUAAUGGCUCCUAUUUACAUGAUGGCAUCCUAAUACCUCAUAAAUAUAUAGCCGUUUACAAUCAUAUCUAUACCGAUCUGGUUACGACAGUCAAAGUUACACCUCAUUUACGUGGUUGUAUAUGUAAAGUGAAGCCUUGUAUUAAUUUCUGUUGUCCUUUUGGUAAACUAUACAGUUCAAAUGAUUCGUCUUGCAUUGAUGCCCAUGAUCAUUUUGAAUGGCCGACAACGUUGAAUAUGACACUAUCGGAUGGUUCUUUGAAGACUGUAAAUGUAUUUAAACAAUAUGCUAUAGUACAUUUUCGACCUUGUAAUCCCAUGUAUGCUUUGGAGCCACAAAAGGAACCGGAUGAUGCUUGGCAGAUAUUUGCGAACGGCACAAUUUUCCGCCACUAUGAUGAAUCGUAUUUGGAUAAAUUGCAGUAUUGUAUGGUACCCACUAUGGGUAAUGAUACGAAUUCUACUUUCUACUUAAAUCCAGCCAAUUGUGAUUUAAGUCCCGGUUAUGGAACAAUGAAAAUAAUAAAUGCAUACGCUAUGCUCUUCUCCAUACCGUUUAUGAUGUUGACCAUUUUAGUGUAUUUGGCCAUACCGGAAUUGCGCAAUCAGCAUGGCAAAUCACUGGUCUGUUAUUUAUUUGGUCUAAUAGUAGGCUAUACGAUGUUGUGUUUGAAUGCCUGGUCGGCGUAUAUAGAUGUAAUGGGUUUGCCCUGUAAAGUUAUAGGUUAUACCGCCUAUUAUUUCUUUAUGGCGGCCUUCUUUUGGUUAAGUGUUAUUAGUUUUGAUUUGUGGCAUAAUUUCCGCGGCACCAGAGGCAUUAAUCGUUUUCAGGAGAAGAAAAGAUUUGCCAUGUAUUCGGUAUAUUCUUGGGGCAUACCUAUUAUAUUUCUAAUAGGUACUUGGUUUAUGCAAGAACGUGUGGAUAUACCUUAUGCCUGGAAGCCCGGUAUUGGUGGGGGUGAAUAUUGCUGGAUCAAUAUGUUAACCUGGUCAGGUUUGGUGUACUUCUUUGCUCCCAUUAUGGGCAUAAUUGUGGCCAAUAUCAUUAUGUUUAUCAUGACAGCCAUGAAAAUCCAUAAAGUACAAAGAGAAAUGGCACGUAUUAUGGCUCGAGAGGAUAGUACGCGUAACUUAAGAAAUGAAAAAGACAAAUUCGGUUUAUUUUUACGUUUAUUUUUGGUCAUGGGUGUUACUUGGUCUUUGGAAAUCGUCUCAUAUUUUGUGGGCGUUGACAAGCCCUGGUCGAAAAUCUUUUAUGUGGCUGAUAUUUGUAAUGCCAUACAAGGUUUUUUGAUUUUCAUGUUGUUUGUCAUGAAAAAGAAGGUUAAACAAUUGAUUACUAAUAGUCUUUCAUAUUAUCUAAAUAUCUUCAUAAGAAUGUUCAAAACGUCGAAAAGUAAUGGAACAAGUCAAACCAACUCAACAAAUUCUACAAAUUCCAUAAAUUCCUCUAUGACGACGCAAAAAACUAAAGUUGAUACCUUGCCCAUGAAAGAGAAAUUAAGAUUUUAAAACGAUUCAUAAAAGAUAUUCGGUACGUGAUAGCAGUAAUCAGCGCCAAAGUCAUUCCUCCACUAAAACCACUUGCAGCAGUGUGGGAAGUAUAGCAUUGCCGAAUUCAAAAAUUUCAGCAGAUAAACCCCUGAUCAAACCUCUCGAAAGUACUACAGUCUUAAGUGGUCUAUGAAUAUAUUUCUUAAAUUUUAUUUAAAUUAAUAUAUAAACUAUAUAUUUAAAAGAAAAGUGUAUAUCGAAUGUUUAUCUAAGUCGUUUUACCAUAAAAAUUAUGCUAAGAAUGAUUGAAACAAAAAGAAAAAGACAAAAACUAUAAGGAUAUUCAUUAGUGAGAGUAUCAAAGCUUUUUUUUUCUCUCUAUAGCGAUUUUUUUUAGUUUUGUUACUUAAAAGAAUGAUUUGUUAAUUGUCUUCUAAUUAUCAUUCCUCAAGUUAGAAAAAUUUUUAUUUACUUUCAAUUAAGACAAAGUUUUAUUUGAAAAAAAAAAAUCAUAAUUCCUUAUUAAGGGAAUAAAUAGAUUCUCAAUAUUCAAUAUGUACUCAUCGUAUAAAACUUUUUAAUUUUUAUUAUUAUUUUGUAUCUAUUAACUUUAGUUCUAACUUUAUUUUAGUUGUUUCUUUUUUUUUAUUUUUUAAUAAAUUUUAAGCUUUAAUUUUAGUCGCUUUAAUAAUGUUUAAAUAUUUGUAUAUUUUCCACAAAAAAUAUAGUAUAUUUAAAAAAAAUAUUGUUGUAAAUAAAACCAAAGAACUUAAGUAUGAAUUUGAA